GAAAAAUCCAAAAUUGAUUUUUGGACCAUACCGUAUAUGCAGCCCCAUAUUAUGGAAAAUUAAUAAUUAAAGGUCCAAAGUAAAACAGCAACCAAGAAACUGAAGGAUGGCAGUCCGGCAGUUGAUGUUGUAAGAUUCUAUGCGCUGUUUUGUUAUUUUUGUCUUUAAACAGACAAAAGCCUCAGAAACCAGAAAAAGAAAAAAUCAGAGCCAUACUUUCUUGCAAGUCUAAAAUUCUGCCUUUCAACACCUUGAAUUUUUGGAAAACGAAGGAAAGCCACGUCGACACUCUACUGCUGUUUCAAGCAGCGACGUUGUUUGUUUCUUCUUUUGUUUUCUAUUCAGGGUCUUUUAUUUUUUCAAUCCCUUUUUUUUUCUCCUGAAAACACAAUAAAUAUCAUUGCUCCAUACUCGAGAACUCAAGGUCUUAAUAUCUUCUUCUUUGCUGGUGUCUGCUGCUAACAUGGCAGCAAUACUGGCUUCACAGAGUUUUUAUUUGCCCAACUGUGAAUUGAUGAAUCAAGGAAGAACAAUGGAUACUCUCAGUUUUUCAAGCUCAAUUUCGAAUCAGUUUGCAAAGUUUGAGAGGCAAAUACAUAAUCUGCCCAUGGCAGAUAAAUCGUUCAGGUUUCAAGUGAAAAUGCAGCAAACUGAAUCAGCCCCAAAAGUAGGAAUCAAUGGGCGAGCUGUUAAAAUGGUGCCUGCCGGUGAGGUAGUGAAAAGAAAGGCUCCAGCCACUAGUAAAGUGGAGAAGGUGAAUGGUGUAAAGCAUGUUGUAAAUGGUGCUAGCAUAAUUAGGAGAGAUAAUGGUCCAACCUUAGUGAAGACACCUAAAUCUAGAGUGUCUAAAGAACUUCCACCAUUAGAGGAGUUAAAGGUUCUGCCUUCAGAUGAAAAUUUCAGUUGGGCCAAUGAGAAUUAUAGUACCUUACAAAGGACUAUAGAUGUUUGGUCUUUUGUUCUUUCUUUACGUAUCCGUGUUCUGUUGGACAAUGCGAAAUGGGCAUAUCUGGGAGGUUUCGCAGAAGAUAAGCAGAAAAAGAGGAGGAUAAAGACUGCCUCAUGGCUACGAGAGAGUGUAUUGCAACUUGGUCCUACUUUUAUUAAACUUGGACAGUUAUCUUCAACCAGGUCAGAUCUAUUUCCACGUGAAUUUGUGGACGAGCUUGCCAAAUUGCAGGAUAAAGUCCCUGCAUUCUCACCAAAGAAAGCAAGACGCUUCAUUGAGAGUGAACUGGGAGCUCCCAUAGAUGUACUAUUUAAGGAAUUUGAGGACCAGCCAAUUGCUGCAGCUAGCCUUGGUCAGGUACAUCGCGCUAUUCUGCAUAAUGGGGAGAAAGUUGUUGUCAAGGUCCAAAGACCUGGUCUUAAGAAGCUUUUUGACAUCGAUUUACGAAACCUAAAGCUAAUUGCAGAGUAUUUUCAAAAUAGUGAAACUUUUGGUGGUCCAACAAGAGAUUGGGUUGGUAUAUACGAGGAAUGCUCAACGAUUUUGUAUCAAGAAAUUGAUUAUAUAAAUGAAGGGAAAAAUGCUGAUAGGUUUCGCCGAGAUUUUCGAAAUGUAAAGUGGGUCCGCGUGCCUAUGGUGUUUUGGGAUUACACUGCUACAAAAGUGUUGACGUUGGAGUAUGUACCAGGAAUUAAAAUCAACCAAUUGGAUGCACUGGAUUCUCGGGGAUAUAGUCGUUCUCGAAUUUCAUCACAUGCCAUUGAAGCAUACUUGAUUCAGAUUUUGAAAACGGGCUUCUUUCAUGCGGAUCCACAUCCUGGAAAUCUUGCUAUUGAUGUGGAUGAAGCAAUCAUAUAUUAUGAUUUUGGCAUGAUGGGGGAGAUCAAAUCGUUUACUCGUGAGAGAUUGCUGGAACUUUUCUAUGCUGUAUAUGAGAAAGAUGCAAAGAAGGUUAUGCAGAGCCUCAUAGAUCUUGGAGCACUUCAACCCACAGGAGAUUUGUCCUCAGUGAGGAGAUCUGUGCAAUUCUUCUUGGACAAUUUAUUGGACCAGAGGCCAGAUCAGGAGACUACUUUGGCUGCAAUAGGAGAGGAUUUGUUUGCAAUAGCUCAGGAUCAACCAUUUCGGUUCCCAUCCACAUUUACCUUUGUUUUGAGGGCAUUUUCCACACUUGAAGGUAUUGGCUACAUACUUGAUCCAAAUUUCUCCUUUGCGAAGAUUGCUGCACCUUAUGCACAGGAACUUCUAGAUAUUAGACAAAGGCAGCGAACUGGGACGCAACUGGUGCUGGAGAUAAGGAAACAAGCUGAUGAUGCCAGGUCCUACACAAUGUCUAUGCCAUACAGAGUUCAGCGAAUAGAAGAAUUUGUGAAACAACUUGAAUCAGGAGAUGUGAGACUCCGUGUCCGGGUGCUAGAGUCUGAGAGAGCAGCGCGGAAGGCAACAAUACUGCAAAUGGCGACCAUUUACACUGUGCUAGGAGGUACCCUGCUAAACCUAGGUGUUACCUUCAGCAGUCAAGGCAGCCAAAUUAUUGCUAACGGAUCAUUCCUCGGAGCAGGAGUUUUCUUUACACUUUUUCUUAGGUCAAUGCAAAGGGUGGAGAAGCUAGACAAUUUCGAGAAGAUGAUAUGAUUUUAAUCUCACAAGGCAAAGGAUUUCUUUCACCUAUAUGCUCAUUUAUCAGUCAUUUAAUUGUCUUAUUUGCACCAAAUUAAUUCUUAUGUGUAAUUUUUUCCUCAAAUAUUUGAGGGUGAAACCAUUUGAGUAUCAUAUAAGCACAAAAUAAUGAUAUAAUAUGCCAAACAAUGAAAGGGAAAUUCCUUCCUGCUAGGGAAAUUUAUAGUUGUGCAAUAAGAGAUGUUUUGACUGGUUAAAAAGGAAAAUUUCAGUUUA